AUGGAUGAUCAUGAGAAAACAAUCAAUAAUGAUGAAUCAAUUGAUUAUGUUACAAAUUAUGUAACAUUUCCAUCAAUUAAAGAUUCUAUUUAUCAUACAAAUCAACAAGACAAUUAUAUUCAUAAUAAUAAUGACUAUUAUUAUCAUCAUCAUCAUGAUCAUCACGAUCACCAUCAUGAUCAUGAUCAUCAUCAAUAUGAACAUAAUCAUCUUGAUCCAUCUGAACAAAGACAUUAUUUAUCAUCUAAUAAUUCAUUACAACAAUCUUAUAUACAUUAUACAAUGAAUACAGAUGAACAUAUAGUUCCAAUAAAUAAUACAUCUUCAAUGACUACAAAUAAUACAACAUCAUAUAUGGAAGAUAUAAAUGAUAAUCAUAAUAAUCAUAAUCAUAAUGUAACUAAUGCUUCAUCUACUACUUGUACUGUUAAUGCUACUGCAGCAGCUAUGGCAGCAGCAGCAGCAGCCGCCGCCGCCGCCGCUGCUGCUGCAGCAGCUGCUGUAGUAGUAACAACAACAACAACAACAACAUCAACUGAACUUAUUGUUACAUUACAUCAUACAGAUUAUUCUAUAAAUUCAUAUUAUCAUCAACCUAUUUUAUCUACAUCAUUUCCAUAUACAUCAAAUACGAAUGAUUAUCAAUAUUAUAUAAAUGAUCAACAAUAUCAACAUCCUCAUCCUCAUCAACAUCCUCCUCAUCAUCAUUAUCAUCAUGAAUCAGUUGAUUUAUUCACAUUACAUCAUAAUCAUACAUUAAAACAACAAGAACAACAAUAUGAUAUUGAAGAGAUUAAUCAUAGUAUAGAUACUACUAUAAUACCUACUACUUCUAACAAUAAUAAUAGUAAUAGUAGUAUUGAUCAUAAUGAUAAUCAUAGUAAUAAUCAUGUUAAUCCUUUAGAUGGAACAAAAAGAUAUCAUGUACAUCAUUCAAAUGAGAAUCAUAUAAAAUCUCAAAUCAAAUUAACUAUUACUGAUGAAGAUGAUGAAGAGGAUGUAAAACAUCAAAAUCAAACUAUACUUAAAUCUGGUAUGUUAUGUCUUAUAUGUGAAGAUAAAGCAACAGGUAAACAUUAUGGUGCUUAUUCAUGUGAUGGAUGUAAAGGAUUUUUUCGACGUUCUGUACGUCGUAAACAUUCAUAUACAUGUCGUCAUAAGAAAAAUUGUAUUGUUACAAAAGAUAAACGUAAUCAAUGUAGAUUUUGUCGUUUUCGUAAAUGUUUUCGUGUUGGUAUGAAAGAAUCUGCUGUACAAAAAGAACGUGAUAAAAUAAGUAAUCGUCAUGCAACUUAUGAUCCUAAUUCAUCAAUUCAUUCAAGUAUAGAUUUACAAAAAUUAUUACAAGCUGAAGCAAUAGCGAAUUGUGCAAUACAUCAAAAUUAUAUUAAUAUAAGUAAGAAAUCUACUGAUUUCUAUAAUGAACAAUCCAAUUCUAAAGAAUUAAAUGAGAAUAAUUUAGCUAAUAUUAAUGAUAUUUGUGAAUCAAUACGGACUCAAUUAAUAUUUUUAAUUGAAUGGGCUAAAAAUCUAUCUGUAUUCACAUCAUUAACAAUUAAUGAUCAAAUUGCAUUAUUACAAGCACAUGCUGGUGAAAUGCUUAUUCUUGGUGCUAUAUGGAGAUCAAUUACAUUAGGACCAACAAUUAAUAAAUCAAAUCAAUAUAAAAUAGAAAAAUCAAAAAAUUUUGAACAGAAAUUAAAUCAAACUAAUCAUACAUCAAUAAAUAAUACUAUAGAUGAUAUAACAAUGAACCUUAAUUCAAAUAUUGUUGCUAUGGUUACUACAAAUACAACAACUACAUUAUCUAAUUCAUGGAAUAUUACAGUUACUACAAUGACAACAACAACAACAACUACAACAACUACUACUAACACUACUACUACUAAUACUACUAAUACUACUAUACCAACAACUAAUAGUAAUAAUGGAGAUCAAUCAAUACAAAAGAAUCAAUUUAUUGAUAAUACAAUAGAUACUACUUAUAUACAAUCUAUAAAUUAUGAACCACAAUUUAUUUUAUUAGGUAAUAAUCGUAUUAUAUCAAGACAAAAUCCAUUACCAGAAAUAGCUGAUUUAGCUAAUAUGAUUAUCAAUGAAAUAUAUCAACCAAUACAAAAUUUAUGCUUAGAUGAAAUUGAAAUUGUUUGUUUUAGAGCAAUCAUGUUCUUUGAUCCAAAGAAUGGACGUUUAUUAAUACGUAGUUGUCAAUAUAUUAUACAAAUGGAAUUAAUGAAUAUUAUGAAUGGUAAAUUAUAUUUACCCCAAGGUCGUUUUGGUGCAUUAUUAUUAUUAAUCCCGGAAUUUCGAUCAGUUACAUAUCAAAUGAUUCAUAAAUUACAAAUUAUACAUCAAAUGGGUUUUACAAAAUUAGAUGGUUUAUUAUCAGAAAUUUUAUUAAAUAAUUCAAUAAAUGAAUCCAAUAAUAAUAUGGAACCUAAUCAUUUAAAAUCAUCUAUGAAAUAUUAUCAUUCAUUAAAUCAAUAUAUAAUUCAUGAAGAGAAUAAGUUACCAACAAUCUGUUCAAUGCCUAAAUUAUAUUCAACACAAAAUGAUUAUACUCAUACUUCACAUAUUGCUAAACUAUCUACAUCGUUAUCCUCCUCCUCCUCCUCCUCUUGCUCCGCCUCCUCUUCUUGCUCCGCCUCCACCUCUACAUCCACCUCCACCUCUUCAAUUGUAUCAACAACUCAUUUUAAUAAUAUAUCUAUAUUCAAUGAAAUGGAUUAUUCAAUUCAUGAAGAAUUAACUGAUCUAAAUAAUUAUUUAACAUUAAACUCAUCUAAAUUAACACAAUUAAAUUUAUUAGAUAAAAUUUAUACUACUGAAAUAGAUCCUAAAUCUACUAUACAACAAAUUAAUAGUUCAAUCAAUUCAUCUAAUUAUCAUAGAAUACAAUCUGAAUUCAUAGAAUCUAUUCCAUCUAUACAUGUAACUAAUAUAUUAGAUUAUUAUUAUGAUAAUAAUAAUCAUAGUAAUCAUGAAAAUUGUAUUACACAGAAACAAUCAAAUAUUAAUACAAUAACACCAUAUUAUCAUACUAUUCAACCAAUUAUGAGUACAGUUAAAAAAUUUACUGGAAAUUUUGAUUUCAGUUGCCAUAGCAACAAUAGUAAUGAUACUACUACUACUACUACUACUACUAAUAAUAAUAAUAAUAGUAAUAAUAAUAAUAAUAAUAGUAAUAAUAAUAAUAAUAAUAGUAAUAAUAAUAAUCGUAAUAUUAUUCAUAAUGAUGUAAAUUCCUCACUUUUAACAAUGCAUUGUGAAGAAACUUUUGAAAAUAUUUCAAAUUCGGAUUAUUCAAUCAAUUCAAAUCUAAUUCAUUGUUUACCAAAUUUAGAACCUGGGAUAUAUUAUUCAGAUAAUCAAUUCUAUACAACUUAUUCACAUCAAUUAAAUAUUAAUAAAACAAAAUAUGAUCAGAAUACUACUAUUAAUACCAAUACUACUACUCAUAAUGAUAAUAAUAAUAAUAAUAGUUCACCAAUUUACACUAAUUACGAUGAAAAACAUUUGACACCAAUCGAUCAUUCUAAUGCAUCAUAUUCCACAAAUCACUUUUGA